UCCUGCCGCAAGGAUGCCCGUGAACGCUGCUCCUUUAUCGCCGGAGUACACAGUCACUGAAGGCAAGGGCAAGGGGAAAGAGAACGCCAACGAGAAAGAGAAAGAGAAAGUGCUACUAGCAUCGCCGAGCAUUGUGCCACAUUUAAAAAUGAAAACAGACGAAGGAAUGAAGUGAAGGCGCAAGCCAAAAGCCGUUUAAUAACUAAAUCCCACGGAGCCGCCGUUGGUCACGUUCCGAGACGGAUACACAAAAAUGCCACCUCUCUUCGCUGCCAUAUCGUCGGUGUCGGUGUCUGUGUGUGUCGGUGCGAGUUCCGCUGUGUAUUGGUGCGGGUGUGCAUACCUAUAGGGUCUCCUGGCUGCCACCUAAUGUGGUAACAUCCACAUACACACAUCGGUGAAAAUAAUAAUACAAAGCCCUCGUCCUUGUCGCUACUCGCCGCCUGUCGCCUCGUCAUCGUGUGCGUGCCCGUGUCCGUAUCCGUGUCGGUGUCCGGGGUCCCUGUCCGCGUCCGCAUCCGCGUCCCUAUGUGGAUCUGUGUCCCCGCCAAACGGAAAUAUUUUCGAAAUCCGCGUUAUUAAGCCACGCACACAAAGAGUCAGACCAAAAUAAACCUAGCGCUGGCCGCAUUGUUGAACGGAUUGAUUGCUGAAUUGUUGUACGCGCUGGCAUUGAUUGGUGAACUGUGUGUGCGUCUGUGUGUGUGUCAUUGGUGAAUUGUUGAGAGAAUUGUUGAAUACCUUUCGAGAACUGUUGAUUGGACGCGCCAUGCCGCCUAAUUAUUGCGCGUUGCGCAAUCCCAUCCCCAUGGUAAGCUCCGGAUUAAGCCAGCAGUAGUUGAGGCAACCGCGGGACAAAGCGCAGCAGGAGUUAAGAGCCGGACCUCGGGGGAUGAUGACGUUGGUGUCAUUUCGAAGUCAUUGCGGAGACCCAAUUAUUAUUAAACCUUAAACCGUAAACGGAGCAAGCCCAGCAGCGAGCCGGAGGAGCGGAGGACUCCAACGCCAGAGCAGCAGUAGCUGUAGCCAGUAGCCGAAGGACCAGAAGUCCGAGUGGAGAGCAUAAACCAUGUGGACAACGGACUGCCCGAGAGCGUUGAAAGCGAUUUUCCUGGUGCCGCUGUGGCUGUUCCUGCACCUCGAUUGCGGCCUGGUUGGAGGUGAGGUGCCGCCGCACUACUGGGAGACGCCCUACUCCCAGCCGUACUUCGACAACUCCUCGAGGCGCGAGGUCACCGCAACCGUGGGCCAGGCAGCCCUGCUGCACUGCCGCGUCCGGAAUCUGGGCGAUCGAGCGGUGUCCUGGAUACGAAAGCGCGACCUGCACAUCCUUACGGUGGGCAUCCUUACGUACACCAACGACCAGCGCUUCCAGUCGCUGCACUCGGAGGGCUCCGACGAGUGGACGCUGCGCAUCUCGUCACCCCAGCCCAGGGACUCUGGCACCUACGAAUGCCAGGUGUCCACCGAGCCCAAGAUCAGCCAGGGCUUCCGCCUCAACGUAGUGGUGUCGCGGGCCAAGAUCCUGGGCAACGCGGAGCUCUUCAUCAAGAGCGGCAGCGACAUCAAUCUCACCUGCCUGGCGAUGCAGUCGCCGGUGCCGCCGUCGUUCAUCUACUGGUACAAGGGCAAGCGGGUCAUGAAUUAUAGCCAGCGUGGCGGCAUCAACGUCAUCACGGAGCGUUCCACGCGGACCAGCAAGCUCCUCAUCGCCAAGGCCACGCCGGCGGACUCGGGCAACUACACCUGCUCCCCGAGCAGCUCAGACUCCGCCUCGGUGGUGGUGCACGUCAUCAACGGGGAGCAUCCGGCCGCCAUGCAGCACGGCAACAGCAGCGCCACCUGCCUGCGCCUCCUGCCGCCGGCCACGUCCGUGCCUUUAGCCUUCGCUGCCAGGAUGGCGAUGACGCUGGCGGCUGUCGCCUGGAACUGCAACUCCAACUAUUAUGGCAAUGGUAACUGGAACUGGAACUGGAACUGGAACUGGAACCGGAACAUGCACUGGCACUGGCACUGGAAGUGGAACUGGAUGCUGGGCGGCGGUGGUCUCUGGAGCUGGAGCUGAUGCAACAGUGCUCGAUGCUGAAUGCAAAAGAACGCCGAACGCUGAACGCUGAACGCUGAAUGCCACUGUCCCGGCCUAGUUGGGACUGGGCCACGCUCCUCCCCAGGUGCAUUUAAUGGGCGCGGAGGAGCGUCUUACGAACUAGUGUACAUAUACAGUGUGUCCUUUAAACGAGUAUUAUCUAUAAGACAUCCCCAGAGGAGAGACAGGCAGAGGCAGGCAGUAUUACGAACGAACUUUUAAUCAAGACAGCACAGUCAACGGAAAGAGUCCAGGCCCCCCAGCACUCACUAUAUACAUCCCUUACUUAUCAAAAAGAAAAAAUAAUAAUAAUGAAAACAAGGAACCCAUAAAUAGCAGCUGCUUCGACCCCCAAUUCAUUCAGCCAUCCGAAAAACUGAGUUGUAUGUUGUCAUUGUUUUAAUUUGAAAUUCAUUUCGUUUGUCAUACAUAAUAAUCAUUAUACACGGGCCAAAAGUCAGCAAUUAUAGUCAACCUUUCGGUGGAAACACACACUUUACAGUUUAGAGUUCACAGUUUAUUUUGUGUUAACAGAAGCAGAAAUGUCCGAUUGUAUAUAUACAAGAAAUACACAAACAUUUUAGGCCUUCGAUUGUUAUUUAUUUAUACCGAAAUCAUACAUACACCCAAAAAGUACACUCAUAUACACCCUGCACAAUGAUAUAGGGGGAGGUAACCCUCGGCUAUAUAUAUAUAGAUGGUUAUUCAGUGUAUAUUGAUAAGUUUUUAUCUGGUUGUCAGCCGCGAAAUUGUUCUACGUAGUCCAUCAUCUAGUUACUGUGUAAAAUAUUCAUACUUGAUAAUUGUACAUUUAGAGGUCGGUUUUAAGCGGUCUUGAUAAGACUUUUAAGUAAAUAAGAGCGAACGGAAGCACUCGGUUCAACCAAGGAAAAUAGUCAAAGAAAUAAUUAUGGAAAUUAUUAAACUAAACGGAAAGGAAAAAGUAAAUGAAGCUAACCUAAGCAGAGUCAAAAUAUGUUUUUCUGUUUAAACAAAAGCUAAAAUAA